AUGGUGCCAAAUGGUGCCGAUGGUGCCGAUGGUGCCGAUGGUGCCGAUGGUGCCGAUGGUGCCGAUGGUGCCGAUGGUGCCGAUGGUGCCGAUGGUGCCGAUGGUGCCGAUGGUGCCAGAUGGUGCCAGAUGGUGCCGAUGGUGCCAGAUGGUGCCAAAUGGUGCCAGAUGUAUGAUCGAUACGCAGCCAUCUGUAAACCAUUACACUACAAUCUUAUCAUGAACAGGAGAUUGUGCUGGUCUCUGGCUGCUGGUUCUUGGACUGUCUGUUUUAUGAACUCUGCCAUCCAUGUUGUCCUCACUUUCCAGCUGCCAUAUUGUAGGUCCCACCACAUUACCCACUUCUUCUGCGAGAUGCCACCUUUCUUUAGAAUAUCUUGCAGGGAUACUCAAAUGAAUGAGAUUGCAAUGUAUAUCUCUGCUGGGAUCAUUGCAAUGUGCUCGUUUUGUUUAACUUUAAUUUCAUAUGUUCAUGUUAUUUCCACCAUACUGAAGAUCCGCUCUUCCCAAGGACGUCACAAAGCUUUCUCCACCUGCGCUUGCCACCUCACAGUGGUGGCGGUGUACUAUGGCACCAUUAUGUUCAUGUAUCUGCGACCUUGUUUGACUUACUCCCCAGAAACAGAUAAGACGGUGUCCAUUCUCUACACAACAGUAACUCCAAUGCUGAACCCCAUUAUCUACAGCAUGAGAAACAAGGAUGUCAAAGAAUCCAUGCAAAAGAAAGUCACUAAUCAAAAUAUAUGCAUAAUAAAGACUCCUACAAAUCGACAAAUAAUAAAUCGAGUCAAAUGUUAA